CCGGAAAAGUGCCUGAAAACCAAAGAUAAGAGGCCAAACUGGAUUUGCCAUCAACGGCAAAAAGCAAAGGAGACAAAUAAAUGAUCAAUGAUCGAGAAUCGGCGAUCAGUGAUCAAUCAAACAAAGAAACAGCGCGACAAGAGCAAAGAGGAGAUUCAAGUCAAUUCAAUUGAGAGAAAGAACUGCAUGAUUUCCUUUGGAUAACUGUGUAGUGAUCUGUGAUCUGUGAUCAGCAAUGUUCCUAGACUUAAACAGCUUUGGAUAAUACGUGGCAAUGGAAAUAAGUGUGUUGGAUCGGCCGAGGAAACAGUGUGCAAAGCAACCCACUUAGCGGAAGCCUAACGGAGACCAGAGUGACGAGAGGGGACAGAAGGAGGAGAGAGAACGCGUACGGAAGGGAGAGAAAGUGAGAGCGGACGAAAGGAGCGUGAGAGACGCGAAAGAUUUGAGCAGAGCAGCACAAUACUCCUCUCUCCGUCUGCCUGUCGACGUGUUUGUCUGUGUGCGUAAGUGUGUGUGUGUGUGUGUGUGUGUGUGAGUGAGCGUAGGUGGUGUGGUGUGUGAAGCAUGCGUGACGAGCUAAGCUAUGCCAAGCGGCAGCCCACUGAGCAUGCGAAUGCGGACAGCAGCAGCUAUGAACUGGACGAGCACGAGCCGACAAUUAAGAAUCUGACAACAGCCACAAGCAACACCAAUACUAGCAGCAGCACCAGCACCAGCUACACCAGCGCCAUCAUCAUCACCAGCAACACCAGCAUCACAGCGACGACUGCAACUGCAACGCAUAUCAAGGACGAUUCGGAUGGGGGUGAACUGACGGAUACGCAGAGCACGCACAGCAGCAGCUCGACGCCCACAACGGCGGAUGUGGCUGACGUUGUUGCGGAUGCGGAUGCGGAUGCAGAUGGAGAUGGGGAUGAUACCAUCAGCUCGUUUUCGCCUGCAGCACAGCUUAUGAAGCGGCAUGCCACAUCGCUCAAUCGACAGCAGAAGCAGCAGCCAAGGCGAACCGAUGACAGCAGCGCAGCGAGAGAUGAGGAUAAUGUGCCAACGUCAUCACGCUAUGCGACACAUCCCAGUGCAGCAUUCGCAGAGACGACGGCACAGGGUGCCUCGAGAUCGAUUGGCGGCACACAUCGACGCACCCUGUCCUCCGCCUCGUACAUCUCGAUGCGAUCACAGCUGGGAGCGACGGGCAACGCCAAUGGAGCGCCAACGGAUCGACCGAAACGCAAUCGUUGCUUCGAAUGGAUACGCGUCGCCUGCAAAAUUUGCUGCUGCAAGAGUUCGGGCAUCGGCGAGCCAAGUGUACAUCAUGCGCUGAUUGUGAUAUUUUUAGAGUUCUUCGCCUGGGGUCUAUUAACCAUGCCCAUCAUAUCGACGCUCAACCGUACAUUUCCGGAUCACACGUUCCUCAUGAAUGGCUUGGUGAUGGGCAUCAAGGGCAUACUGUCCUUUCUGUCGGCCCCCCUGAUCGGCGCUCUGUCGGACAUCUGGGGUCGCAAGUUUUUCCUAUUAGUUACAGUAUUCUUCACCUGUAUGCCCAUACCGCUGAUGUGCAUAAACACAUGGUGGUUCUUUGCCUUGAUCUCAAUUAGUGGCGCAUUCGCUGUCACCUUUUCGGUGGUGUUCGCCUAUGUGGCUGACGUGACCACACCGGAGGAACGAUCCAAGGCCUAUGGCCUUGCCUCGGCCACAUUUGCAGCCAGUUUGGUCAUUUCACCAGCGCUGGGCAAUGCAUUAAUGGACAUGUAUGGCGAUACCCUAGUGGUAGCGCUAUCCACAGCGAUUGCGGUGCUAGAUGUAUUCUUUAUACUAGUCGCUGUGCCGGAGAGUCUGUCGGAGAAGAUGCGACCGGCUUCAUGGGGUGCGCCCAUCAGCUGGGAGCAGGCGGAUCCCUUUCUGGCACUACGCAAGGUCGGCACAGAUAAGACUGUCUUGAUGCUGUGCUUAACUGUGCUACUCUCCUAUCUGCCGGAGGCUGGAGAGUACUCCUGCAUGUUUGUCUACCUCAAGCUGAAAAUGGGAUUCAACUACGUGGAGGUAUCCAUUUUCAUCGCCGUUGUGGGCAUACUCAGCAUAACGGUGCAAGUGACACUUGGAUCGUUUAUGAAAGUCUUUGGCGCAAAGCGCACGAUCAUUGUGGGCCUAGCCCUGGAGCUGAUUCAAUUGUUGUGGUAUGGUCUGGGCAGUCAGAAGUGGAUGAUGUGGUCCGCAGGCGUGGUAGCUGCCUUAGGUUCAAUUACCUACCCCGCUAUUAGCGCGUUUGUCUCGCUAUAUGCUUCGCCGGAGAGUCAAGGUGCCGUUCAGGGCAUGAUCACGGGCAUGCGUGGCCUAUGUAACGGCCUGGGUCCCGCUGUUUUUGGCGUCAUCUUCUAUCUGUUCAAUGUCGACUUAAAUGCCGAUCAUGAAGCCAUUAUGAAUAACAGUCAUCCGACGAACGUUGAGAAGAUCUCAAUGCAUGUGCCCGGUCCACCAUUCGUUUUUGGAGCCCUGUGCGUCUUCUGUGCCAUUGUUGUGGCCGCAUUCAUACCCGAAGGUCAGCAGGCAGUGCUGGAAAAGAAACGUGCCUCGCUCGAUGUGCAGUACGAGAUCGAGACAGGGCACAAGUUGCCCAGCUCGUUGGCCCCGCUGAUACGCUCCGAUUCGCUGGCGCAGCUGUAGUCGGUCACGCCCAUCGUCAUUAAUACAUGAUUAAUAGUAACUGUAACAAAUGCUGUAACUAGUGUCGCUUUAGUUUAAACAUAACAAAACCAACAACCACAACAAACAUUCAGUUCGAUUUUCGAUGCUUCUAAUUUUGUUUGUAUUCACAUUUCUUUUUUCAUGUGUGUAAUGUACAAUUGUUGUCAUACUAAUUAGUUAAUUGAUUACUUAUGAGCUAUUUAUUUUAAAAGAUAACUCUGCACUCAUUUUGCCACUGCGUGUGCUUGCCCCAAAAA